AUGAAGGCCCUUAUUCUUGUUGGGGGGUACGGCACUCGCCUUCGUCCCCUAACCCUUUCUGUCCCUAAACCCUUAAUUCAUUUCUGUAACCGUCCUAUCAUUGAAUACCAAAUCGCCUCUUUUAAACGGGCAGGUGUUAACCACCUUAUUCUUGCUGUUGCUUAUCAACCUCAAGCCUUGAUGGAAGCGUUGGAUGACUUGGAGAGCAAGUAUGAAUUAAAGAUAAGUUGCUCAAAGGAAGAAGAACCCUUGGGUACUGCAGGUCCUAUUAAAUUAGCUGAGCAUUUGCUGCUGCAGGAGGAUAAAUGUGCAGCAGCAGCAGCAGCAGCAGCACCAGUAGAUUCAUCAUGUUCAACUGCAGCAGCAGCAGCAGCAGCAGAAUCAGCAGCAGCAGCAGCAGCAGAAGCAGCAGCAGCAGCAUCAACAGCAUCAACAGCAGCAUCAUCAGCAUCAUCCCCAACUCUAUCAGCAGCAGCACCUCCACCAUCAGCAGCAACAGCAGCAGCAGCAGCAGCAGCAGCAGCAGCACCCCCACCACCCCCAACAGCAGCAGCAGCACCACCCCCACAACCGCCAACAGCAGCAGCAGCAUCACCCCCACCACACCCAUCAGCAGCAGCAGCAUCACCCCCAUCAGCAGCAGCAACAGCAGCAGCAGCAGCAGCAGCAGCAGCAGCAGCAAGAAUUGCUGCAGAUGAUGAAUGUUUUUUUGUAUGCAAUAGCGAUAUUAUCUGCUCUUUUCCUUUAGAGGAGAUGUAUCUUUUUCAUAAAAAAACGCAUGCAGAGGCUACUAUUCUUGUAACACGUACAGCUGAGCCAUCAAAGUUUGGUGUUAGUUAG